UUCCAGUUCCAUUCCACACACACCACACCAUGAGACUUACCACUGAACCACACCCCACGACGUCGCCCUGUCCUUCUCUUCUCUCCGACUCUCCUCCUCCAUCUCCCACACGACGUCGGCUUCCGCAUCCCGAUUCGCCGCCGGACUCGCCCCUCCGAUGGAGGAUGGAGAAUGCAGGGGAGCCCCGUGAAUGCAGGUAAUACCCCUCGGAAUCCCUUCCUCGGCGCCGGAUCUCGUGGUUCCGCUCUCGACUAGCAUUGUUGGACGGCCUUCUUCCUAAGAUGUCUCGGCAGGCGACCCCCGCGCAUUUCCAUAAGUCCAAGACACUUGACAACAAAUACAUGAUCGGGGAUAAAAUAGGGAAAGGGGCGUAUGGGACAGUGUACAGGGGUCUUGACCUGGAGAACGUGGACUUCGUGGCGAUCAAGCAGGUCUCCUUGGAGAAUAUCCUGCAAGAGGAUCUGAAUUUUAUUAUGCAAGAAAUUGAUCUACUAAAGAAUCUCAAUCACAAAAACAUAGUGAAAUAUCUUGGGUCCAUCAAGACAAAGACUCAUCUACACAUUGUUCUCGAGUAUGUGGAAAAUGGUUCUCUUGCUAACAUCAUCAAACCUAAUAAAUUUGGACCAUUCCCUGAACCAUUGGUAGCUUUCUAUAUUGCUCAGGUCUUGGAGGGUUUGGUCUAUUUGCAUGAGCAAGGUGUUAUUCAUCGAGAUAUCAAGGGUGCCAACAUCUUGACCACAAAGGAGGGCCUUGUUAAACUUGCUGACUUUGGUGUCGCAACAAAACUCACAGAAGCAGAUGUCAAUGCACAUUCUGUAUUUGGGACACCAUAUUGGAUGGCUCCUGAGGUUAUUGAAAUGUCUGGUGUUUCAGCUGCAUCAGACAUCUGGAGUGUUGGUUGCACAGUCAUAGAGUUGUUAACAUGUGUACCGCCAUAUAGUGAUCUACAACCAAUGCCCGCACUUUUUCGAAUAGUUCAGGAUGAGCAUCCUCCCAUACCUGAGGGUCUUUCACCUGAUAUUACUGAUUUUCUUCUUCAGUGUUUUAAAAAGGAUGCAAUGCAGAGACCAGAUGCUAAAACACUAUUAUUGCACCCAUGGAUUCAAAAUUCAAGGCGUGCUUUGCAGUCCUCACUACGACAAAAUGGUGGAUCAUUAAAGUACAUUGAGGAUGAUUCUACACCAGAAAAUGACAACUCAAAUGUAGAUAAUGGGAGCGAAAGCCCAUCAACAGAGAAGAGAAAGAGCAGAACUUUUGAUCCUGAACAAGAUGAAUAUAUAAAGGAACAUUUUGCCACUGAUUUAUCUCAUAUUAAAAGUGAUAAUGAGGGCCAAAAGCCUAUUCCUCUUCAGCAUACCUUAUCCAAUGGUGUAGAAACUAAGCAAGAAGAUGGGCCAUCUGCUAAAGAUCCUACCAUAGCUAUCCAUGACAAACUAUCUUGCAAAUCUUCUGCUGGAGCAGUUUUAAGCAGUCCAGUAGCCCUAGAAGCCCAAGGGGGUUUAAGUUUUGAUGAAAGCGACAGGUUCUCAUUUGGAACUAGAACUGAGAGAAACAUUAUUCAGAAGGUCGCACAACACUCCAAUGAUAAUGGCGAUGGUGGAGUCAGUAGGUUUAGUGACACUCCAAAAGAUGCUUGCUUGGAGGAUUUAUUCCAGCCACUAGAUAGACAGAGAAAUCAAGGUGCUGAAGAUUCAUCAUCUUCUGCUGGUCAGCAAAAUGAUUUGGCUAAAGAGCUCAAAGCUAGGAUGGCUCAAAAGCAAUUAGAAACCGAACAGAGCAACGGCGGGAAGCUUUUAGAAAUUGUUAUGAAUUUGCAAGAUGACAUGAUUGAUAUUGAUGGUUCAGUCUUUAACGAAAACCUUCCACCAGAUAAUCUUUUCCCUCUUCAGUCUAUUGAAUUUAGCAAAAUAGUCAGCUUGUUAAAGCCUGAAGCAUCAGAAGAUGUACUACUGACAUCAUGUCAAAAGCUUCUGGAGUUUUUCACUCAAUGCCCUAGGCAGAAACAUGUUUAUAUGUCACAACAUGGUUUUCUUCCAUUGAUGGAACUUCUUGACAACCCAAAAAACAGGGUUAUAUGCUCAGUACUCCAAAUUAUCAAUCAUAUAAUCAGGGACAAUACUGGUUUUCAAGAAAAUGCUUGUCUAGUUGGCCUUAUUCCAGUUGUAAUGAACUUUGCAGUCACUGAUUGGCCAAGGGAGGUCCGCAUGCAAGCUGCAUUUUUCCUCCAACAGCUUUGCCAGUCCAGUACUUGGACAUUGCAAAUGUUCAUUGCAUGUCAAGGAAUACCAGUCCUGGUGGGCUUCCUUGAGGCUGACUAUGGAAAGUACAGGGAAAUGGUUCAUCUUGCCAUUGAUGGCAUGUGGCAAGUUUUUAAGCUUCAGCACUCAACCCCAAAGAAUGACUUUUGUCGAAUUGCUGCGAAGAAAGGCAUACUUAUUAGACUUGUUAACACCCUUUAUAGCUUGAAUGAAGCAACUCGUCUGAGUUCUGUAGCUGGCGGGGGUUUAUCCAUUAUACAAAAUAGGUCGGCUCUAAAACCAAGAUCUGGUCCUCUAGACCCUCUCAGUCGGCCUUCUGUCAUGCAGGGUGAAUCACCAAUUUCACACAUGGGUCAAAUUGAUACUUCAAAGAUUAGGUUUGACCAUCGUUUUUCAUCUAGAGCAUUAGAGAAAACACAAAAUCCAGCUUGUCAUUCUCAAUGGACAGAUGCAACCCAGUUGGACAAACAAUUUUUUGGUGGAGAUAACGUCUACUCUAACCAUGCUAUAUUGGAAGAUUCAAAGGAUAAUGCACACCAUAGUUUGUGGGAUCAUGAGCCUUCUUGUGGGGAUGCUGACUUGCCAAGGCAUCUUGGUAAGAAUUCUGCUAGUAGAACUUCUACUGAUAAGCCACAAAAGCAUAUGGAAUUUGCAUCAAAUGGUCAUUCUGGUGGUCCAAUUCAAUUAACAUCUCAGAAUGAACAAAUUCGACCACUUUUAAGCUUUCUGGAAAAGGAACCACCAUCUCGACAUGUUUCAGGACAACUUGAUUAUGUUCGUCAUAUUUCUGGGCUAGAAAGACAUGAAAGUAUAUUGCCACUACUGCAUGCAUCAAAUGAGAAGAGGACAAAUGGUGAACUUGAUUUUCUGAUGGCAGAAUUUGCAGCGAUGUCAAGACAUGAGCAAGAAAAUGGUAGCAUGGAUUGUAAUAUGAAACUUUCAAGCAAAGCAAGCAAGAUGGCUUUGCCUGCAAUGGGGUCAACAAAUUCAAAUGAUGGAGCUUCCACAUCAGGAUUAGUGUCACAGAACACAACUGGUAUUUUAUCUGGAUCUGGUGUACUGAAUGCAAGACCUGGUAGCACUACGUCAUCUGGAUUGCUGUCGCAGAUGGUGUCUUCGUCAAAUGCUGACGUGACAAGGGAAUAUCUUGAGAAAGUUGCAGAUCUUCUAUUAGUUUUUGCACAAGCUCACACUUUGGUGAAAUCCUACUUGUGUAGCCAGAGCUUGCUUACGCGCCUUUUUCAGAUGUUCAAUAAGAUGGAGCUACCUAUUCUCUUGAAGAUCCUGAAGUGCAUCAACCAUUUGUCCAUGGAUCCAAAUUGCUUAGAAAGUCUUCAGCGUGCCAAUGUAAUCAAAUAUUUGAUUCCUAACCUUGACCUCUGUGAAGGAUCCCUUGUUUCACAGAUACAUAAUGAAGUCCUCAAGGCACUAUUCAACCUUUGCAAGAUCAACAAGAGGAGACAGGAACAGGCUGCAGAAAAUGGAAUUAUUCCACACUUGAUGAAUUUUAUCACUUCGGAUUCACCACUCAAACAAUAUGCAUUGCCUUUACUAUGUGAUAUGGCUCAUGCUUCUCGAAACUCAAGGGAGCAGCUGCGAGCUCAUGGAGGAUUGGAUGUGUACUUGAACCUGUUGGAGAAUGAGGCUUGGGCCGGUAUAACUUUAGAUUCAAUUGCCGUCUGUUUGGCUCAUGAUAAUGAGCAGAGAAAAGUAGAACAAACCUUGUUGAAGAAGGAAUCAAUUCAUAAAUUAGUGAAGUACUUCUGCAACUGCCCGGAGCAACAUUUUGCGCAAAUUUUAGAGCCUUUCUUGAAGAUACUUACGAAAUCACCCCGAAUUAAUACAGCUAUGGCUACCAAUGGUCUGACAACAUUGCUAGUCGCACGACUUGAACAUCAAGAUGCUAUUGCACGACUUAAUCUUCUGAAACUAAUAAAGGCUGUUUACGAGCACCAUCCUAGACCAAAGCAACUAAUUGUGGAGAAUGAUUUGCCUCAGAAGCUUCAGAAUCUGAUCGAAGAACGCAGAGAUGGUCAGACAUCCGGAGGCCAAGUCCUAGUCAAGCAAAUGGCGACUGCUUUACUAAAAGCUCUUCAUAUCAACACUGUUUUGUAGAUAUUCCAUCCACAUUCCGAAAGAAUUGUAACAUAAUAUUGUUAGUUUUUUUUGUCUCCUUUUUCCUUAAGUACAGGUUUUAGAGGUGAGCUAUUUUAUUUUUGUAUUUUUAGUUAUGCUGAUAUUUUUACCCCGCUACAAUCGUGCGAGAAGUAAUUUGUACUGUAUAUUUGUUGGCGUACAUAUAAACCUUUAUUUUAUUUAUGUUCCUAGAUUCAAUUGAUGCCUAAGAACAUCCUUCCUGUUGCAGUCAGUACAUUGCUCUGAAUUUACAUAUUCAAGAGUUUUUGGUGAUACGUGUCCGUGGUGACCACCUAGAAGCACCUAGGCGGUGCUGGCCAGCAUUAAUAGGAAUUGGAGGAGGAAGAAGAAGAAACAACAACGUGCUCUGAGCCUUGCUGGAUCCCUACAGGGGCUUUUGCUACCAAACUGCGAUUCAGCAGGGCUGUUGACCUCGGUGAAUCCAUGGGCGUUCAGUAGACAAAUGGAAUUCGUUUGCAGAAGGCAAAAAGUAAAUGAGGCCACUGGCCACCAAACCAGACAGAGAUAUCAUAAGCCAGUUGUAUGACGAAUCGAAGCCUUUAAUUUUGGAUUCAGGCAAAUGGCGAGAACAUUUUGAUUCCGGACUAGUAGAAUAGCUUGUCAUGUCUUGUCAUAUCCUUAUCGGUGUCGACUAAAGGUUCUUGGAUUAGAAGGAGAAAAAAGGUGUGUUGAUCUGGAUGCCACUGCCAGCUGAUGAACACAGAGCCUGCCAGCCUGGUGUUUGAUUUCAAUAGAUAUCUUCUUCCAAACCCCACAAGCUGUAGACCAUCUUCUGGCCCUUCAUAUUUUAUUGUAAUCACCAAACUUAUCAUCCUCAAAUGCUCAGAAAUAAUGGCCAGAAGAUUGUGGUCCCUUAUCCCAAUCUUAUCGCAGUAAUUGACAAAGAUUGGCAGGGAAAGGAUGCUUAUGGCUGCUCAUGUCCAGGGGACAGGAAAGACGGCACGGAGCCAAGCCAUAGCUGGACUGAUGAGUUUCAAAGGAGAUCUAUUACAGUGUACAACUUUGCUCGCGAAGAGAGGAGGAAGCAAUCGAAGGCUCCUAAUCGUCCUAUGAAUCUAAAGUACUCUUGCAAUUUUCCAUUGUUAUUGCCUACCAAGUCCAAAAGAUAAUCAAAGCACACCAUAUUAUUUUAUUGGCAUCAAAUGAAUGAUAAUAAUAGCAAUAAUACAAUUUGAUAA